AUGAAUACAGUUGUCCUAUUUCUAUUUCUAUGCAUUAUAUCUUUCUCUGCAGUUCAGUGCUCCAUAGAAAAAGAACAGGAAGCCUAUCACUACGAAUGCGUCGCUCAGACAGGUGUAGAUCAACUAAUAAUUAUGAAGGCAAUGGGAGGAAAUUUUAUAGAUGACUCAAAGUUCAAGUCGUACCUGCUCUGCUUUGGAAAGAAAAUGGGAGUCCACAAUAACGCGGGAGAUAUUCAAAGGGACGUCAUGAGAACAAGACUAAUGGAAAUGGUUCCUGAAGAGGCUAUAGUUGAUAAAAUGAUGGAAUGUGCUGUCAACAUAGGCACCCCAGAAGAUACUGCAUUCGAAGGUUGCAAGUGCUUGUAUGCAAUUAAGCAGCAGUUAGUCAAUUAA